AUGUCCAAGCAAUACCUCACGGCCCAUACAAUUGAUAAUGCCCACGAAUCAUCAAUUUAUGCACUAGGUAUAACCGUAGAUUAUACCUUAACAGGAUCUGGUUCCUCUGCGAUUAAACUUCACAGCACGAAAGAUGCUGCGCAUCCCUUAGUGCACACUUUCAUCGACGCUCAUAAACUCGGCUGCCAUCACAUCGCUACUAGUAAGACGGGAAAGCGUGCCGUAUCAGCCGGUUUUGAGGGCUCUCUCAAAAUAUGGGAUCUUGAGAAUCUUGAGGCCAAUGGGGAAAUUUCUGAUGCAAACAAAGGCGGCCAAGUGUGGGCGAUUGCGCUAUCUGCAGACGGAAGUCGCUGCUUGACUGGUUCUCACAAUGGACGAGUCAGAAUUUGGGAUUUGGAUAAAGAACCUUUCAUACAACUAAGGGACUAUGAAACGAAAAACAUAUUCACAUUGUGUGUCGAUCUUAGUGCAGAUGGGAAACUCGCCGCUUCAGGUCAUGAGAAUGGUGGUGUCUACAUCUUCAACAAUGAGACCGGAAGAAUGCUACACUCAUUGACUGGGCUCAUGAAACCCGUGAGAAGCAUUUCUUUCUCGCCCAGCAGCAAACUAUUAGCAGUCUGUGGCGAUUUUCAAGUAAUUGCAGUAUACGACGUUCACUCCGGCGAGCAGGUUUUUAAUUUCACUGGGCACACCAGUUGGGUAUUCUCAAUUGGGUGGAGCGAGACCGGACAGUUUCUUGUUACUAGUUCGUUCGACGGAAAGACGAAGAUUUGGUCGAUGGACACGCGAACGUGUGUUACCACCCUUGGAGAAUCUAACCAACCUAUCUUCUGCGCUUCAUUCUUGCCCAAGAUUGGUUCCGGCGAGAAUUUGGUAACAAUUGGGACUGCAAUUACGUACUAUCGAGAAGCGUCAGGCGCAGGAACUGGCUAA